CGUGCCCGCCCCGGGCCAAUCAGUGCCCGGCACGUGACCCGCCCAGCCCGCCAAUCGCAGCUCGGGUAGAGCGUCGCGCGGAGGCCCCGCCCAAGCGUUGCCGUCACGUGACAGCGCAGCAGCCCGCGCCGGAUCCAGGCCCGGAGAUGUUGUCGCAGAUUUUUCAUUCUCUCCUCCAAGGGAGACAGACUCGUUCACAAGGACUUCUGCGGCGAGGCCGGCGGAGGCAGCACCGAUCUGGUGGACACUUUCUAUAGGAAGAUCACAGCCCUGCCCAAGGACCAGGCACCCGUCUUCAUGGCGCACGAGGGGCUGCAUUUCGUCCACGUGCGACACGCCGGCCUCUACUUCGUGGCCACGACGGGGCACGAUGUCUCCCCUUUCACCAUCAUCGAGUUCCUCAACCGGCUGGUGACGCUGAUCCGCGAUUACUGUGGCUCCCUCAGCGAGAAAACCGUCAGCCUCAACUUCGCGCUCAUCUACGAGCUGCUGGACGAGAUGCUGGACUACGGCUACGUGCAGACCACGGCGCCGGACGUGCUGCGCAACUUCAUCCAGACGGAGCCUGUGCUCAGCAAGGCCUUCAGCCUGCUGGACCUGGGCAGCGUCGGCCUGUUUGGAGCAGAGACGCAGCAAAGCAAAGUGGCUCCGAGCUCGGCCGCCAGCCGCCCCGUGCUGCCCCCCCACGGGGACCAGGGCGCCAGGAACGAGGUGUUUCUGGACGUGGUGGAGAGGCUGACGGUCGUCAUCGCGGCCAACGGCACCCCCAUGAAGGCCGACAUCCAGGGAGAAAUCCGCCUCAAGAGUUACCUGCCCAGCUGCUCCGAGCUGCGCAUCGGGCUGACGGAGGAGUUCUGCGUGGGGAAGUCAGAGCUGCGAGGCUACGGCACCGCCGUCCGCGCCGACCAAUGCGCCUUCCACAGCUCCGUGAAGCUAGACGAGUUCGAGAGCAGCCGCAUCCUGAAGGUCACCCCCAGCCAAGGGGAGCUGCCAGUGAUGCAGUACCAGCUGUCAGACGACAUCCCCUGCGCCCUGCCCUUCCACCUCUUCCCCACGCUGGAGAGGGACCCUACGGGCAGGCUCCGCAUCUACCUCAAGCUCCGCUGUGACCUGGCUCCCAAAAGCCAGGCCCUGAACGUGCGAGUCCAGCUGCCGGUGCCGAAGGGGGUCGUAAGCCUGUCCCAGGAGCUGAGCAGCCCUGAGCAGACCGCCGAGCUGCAGCCCAGCAUCAAGGCCAUUCGCUGGGUGAUCCCGCGCGUCCAGGGGGGCUCCCAGCUCUCCGCCCUCUUCAAGCUGGAGAUCCCAGGGCUGAGCAGCUCCUCGCUGCUGGAAGUGGGGCCGGUGAACAUGUCCUUCGAGCUGCCCAUGCACACCUGCUCUGGCCUGCAGAUCCGCUUCCUGCGCUUCACGGCCCCACAGGCCGGGCUGCCCCACCGCUGGGUGCGCUACGUGUCCCACAGCGACUCCUACGUCAUCCGCCUCUGAGCCCAGCCCCACCGCUGGGUGUCGCUACGUGUCCCACAGCGACUCCUACGUCAUCCGCCUCUGAGCCCAGCCCCACCGCUGGGUGUGCUACGUGUCCCACAGCGACUCCCACGUCAUCCGCCUCUGAGCCCGGCCCAGCCCCACCGCUGGGUGCGCUACAUGUCCCACAGCGACAGCCACGUCAUCUGCCUCUGAACCCAGCCCCACCGCUGGGUGUGCUUGGUCACCCUCAGCAACGGCUGUCUCGUCCACCUCCCCGCCCUGCAUCCCCUGCCCCACAGCAUUGUGCAGCGACUCCUAGGGUGUCCCCUCUCCCAGGCUAGUCACCUCCCCGCACACGGGGCUCUGGCAAUAAACAACUUUAUUUAUGAGUAGAACCAACCCCCUAACCUCUGUAACAGCAGCCCAGCCAGGGCACCGACAGAGCCUGGCCUAGACCCGUCGACGCAGACUCCCGAGGGUGCUCACCCACACUGGGAACCCGGUCCUGUAGCCAGACACAAUAAAAGUGCAACAGAAAAACA